AUGUCCGGAAUUCGACUUUUCAAUUCUAUCAGACUGCUUAAUACGGUGAGAGCCUCAACAGUUCUUCUUCCAUAUAAUGCUACUCAUAUACAUACUUCCUCUGUUUGUUCGAAAGUGAAAAAGAAUGACAAAAACAAAAAAGGAACCCAAGCGGUCAAAACAGCUAGCAUAGCUAACUCUGAUAAUGUAUAUUUGAUAGAUGCUUUAGGAGAAAUGAAUGACAUAGUAGAUAUCCUAGGUGAAGAAUUGGCUAAACACUUUUCCAUCCAGGUAGACUUACGACUUUUCGAAGAUAUCAUGGUGAAAUUAGAAAAAGGAGAUGAACACAAAAUGUCUCAUCUGGGUCGUGUAACUCUGAAAUCUCCUCAAAUGGUUAUGAUCAACUUCGCUAAUAAUCCGAACGCAAUCAAAUGGGCAAAACUAGCACUACAAAAAUCUACUCUCAAUGUUAAUCCCCAACACGAAGGAGUGGUCCUAUACAUUCCAACUCCGAGAAUGACUAGAGAAAGACGUGAGCAGCUAGCUCAUGAAGCCAAAACUAAAAUCUUCAACGAAUUUAAACAAGCCCUUAAUGCGGUUUUCACUAAGUAUGACAAGAAAUGUUCACAACAAACGUCACAAGCUGAUACCAUUAAGCUUACUCGCCAACAACUUCUGACCCUCAAACGUGGAAUGGAAGAUAAAGGAUCGCAGAUUAUUGAAGCCAAACGACAAGACUUGCUCAAGGAAGUAGCUUGA